AACACCCCAGUGGGCUUAAUUGUCACUUAUGAACACAAACAUCUCACUUAUUGUUGUUGUUUUAGCAUCUUUAGCAUCGUUUACAAACCGCCCACCCUCUGUUUGCUUGUAUAUGUUGUGGAAAGUUAGCGGAAGUAACGUGUCACGUAGCGAUUUUCACUCUGUUAGCCGUUAUUUCAGUGUGGUUCGUGUUUGCUGUGUUGUGUUUCGUGACAGCUGUUCUUACAGAUUUGCUAAAAAAAAAAGAAGAAGAAAAGAGGGGUGUAUGAACUGGCUCUCAUGAGAUUGGAAACAAGAUAGGAUGACGGGAUGUUCUUGCUGUUGAUGAUGACACAUCCCAUGUAAAAGCCUUGACGCAAGGGGCAUAUUCAGCUUGAAACACAAUACAGUCUUUGGAGGCAUAUUUUUGUGUAAUGGCUGUUUGACAGUCAGUGUUUCUUCUGUGCUCAACACUAGCUCAGCAUUAAAUCAUUUUACUUACACAAACGACUCAUGUUUAUCUCCGUAAAGUUGCAGAUGAAAACGCAAUUGCUUAUUAUAAAUUAAAUAGUUGUUCUGUAUUCAGUUAAAAGUACAUGUUGAACCAUCCGAAUCUGCUUUAUUUGGUCAUGGAAUUCCAAGCCAAGAAUGUUGUUAUUGGCCAAGUAAGGAAACAAACAUCUGGUAUUAUGAGUGAAUGAAGUCUGCAGUAACAAUACAGUUGACUAUAUGUCGACUGCGUGACUUUGGUUCCUUGUUAGAUGACUGUUAUCUCUGCUUUUUUAUUUUCGUUCUUUCAUCUCAAACAGUCCAAAUCUGUAUCUAGCCUCAUAAACCCCACACUUUCAGCAAGCUUCCAUUUCUGUUCAAAUUUAUCUGAAGUAUUACUCGCUGGUGACACCUCACUCUUCAUAUUACGUGACGAUGGACUCCUUCAGCACCAAAAGCUUAGCUCUGCAGGCGCAGAAGAAGCUGAUGAGCAAAAUGGCCACCAAGAGCAUGGCCAACCUCUUCAUCGACGACACCAGCAGUGAACUGCUGGACGAGCUGUACCGGGUCACCAAGGAGUACACCCGCAACCGCAAGGAGUCCCAGAAGAUCAUCAAGAACCUGAUCAAGAUGGUGGUGAAGCUGGGCGUCCUCUACAGGAACAACCAGUUUAACAGCGAUGAACUUGUCGUGGUGGAAAACUUCAGGAAGAAAGUCCACACCCUGGCCAUGACCGCCGUCAGCUUCCACCAGAUCGAGUUCACCUUCGACCGCCGUGUCAUGAGCGCCAUCCUCAACGACUGCCGCGAGCUGCUGCACCAGGCCAUCAAGCGCCACCUGACCACCAAGAGCCACUCGCGCAUCAACCAUGUCUUCAAUCACUUCGCCGACUGUGACUUCCUGGCCACCCUGUACGGGCCGUCGGAAGUGUACCGCGCUCACCUGCAGCGGAUCUGCAACAGCAUCAACAAGAUGCUCGACGAGGGCAACCUUUGACCUCUGCUCAUCAAACUCCUCAAAUAUUACCAGAAAACAGACCUGUUUUUUUUGUUUUUUUACGAUGUGUACCUUUCAAACACUGAUAAUCUGGUUGCUAGUAAAUCCAAAGUAAAAUCCAAAGAUAUUUUCUAAAUGAAUGUAUACUUUCACACCAUCAGGAGCCUGGUCUAGUGAAGUUCAGUUUCUCAAAACAGCCCCAUCUGUGGGAGGUUUGUGUCACAGAGGCUGGUGCGCCACGGGGCAGAAUGUUAACCUGAAAUGCCCAGCGAUUGGAAGGACUGAUGACUUUUUGUUUUGUUUCAGAAAUUGUUAUUGCACUCGACCCAGACAGAGCGCUGUACUGUACCUUCCUGCAAUCAUGGAACUAUGUGAACUAUGAGUAAUCCUGCUUAGAAGGCAUUUACUGCUCUUGCACUGAACUCCACUCGGUAGCGUGGCCGAGCUCUCGCUCAGUCGGAACCGAUAAACCCGCUCUGGCUUUUUGAUGGUUUGGUUUAUAGCCACCACAAUAACGGUGAGGUAUUUGGGUCAGCCGAGGACCGGCGAACACAGAAGGAUUUGCCACGCGCCGCCUUCCCGUCGCUCACAGACGGACUUUAUUUCGGCAUCAUGCACGGGAAUAUUCCUCAUUGAUGUCUGAGGCCGUCGUUCCUCUUCAGCACCGUUGCCUCAAGUGUCCCCCGCUAAAGCGCUUCAUUUUAAAUUCUCACUGAUCUGCAGCAGAAUGACUCCCAAAUGCAUGGAAAGGUAAAAACGUUGCUGCGAUUAGAGCAGAGACGCACGCUGCACCUGAUUGUGUGCUCUGCCUCUGCAAUUCUCUCCCCCUCAAAAGGGGUUGGAAGGAAAGUGACCUGAAACGUGCGUUUGUCGACCAGCCAGUCCGCUUCAUGUGACAGAAGUCUCCGUCUGACUUGGCCCAACGCGAGUCGUUUAGCAGAGUCAAAAAUGCUGCUUCCUCCGUAUGAAGCUACAAGCGAAGCGUCAAACAAUCGCCUCUUCCCUUUUUGUCUGUUUUUGUAUCGCUGAGCCCGACUGGGAGAUUGGCUUGUGCUGCGGCCUGAUUUUGUAUUCCGUCUGUAGGGUGCAGGCGAAUGCAUGCGCGCCUAUUUGCGUGUGAACCUGUGAGAGAAUUGGAAAUUGAGCCGUGUAAUAAGUGCAGUGCUUCUCCAGAUAGGAUUUCAGUAACUUCAUCCACAGCAGCUCUGACGAAGGAAAAAAAAAGAGACUGACGUUGAUCAAAACGGUCUUUUUCCAGAGCUUGACAAAACUGCGUACGAUGGAUGACUGUGACUCUUCAAAUGAAGACGUUAAAGCUGUUGUUUCAGUCAAACAUCAAUUCGAAGUUCAUCAUCUUUGAAGACCAUUUCCUCACUCCUCAGGUUUGCCAUCCGUGGCACCAAUGCAAAAAGUGAAAGAAGCCCUUUUUGUUCAACUAUAGCGCUUAUCCAAGCUUGUUUUAAUAUUUUGUUUUUUGUGAAUUUUGAUCUUCUCUCUUGUGUACAGUUUCUGUGUCUCUUUAAUGUAUCCGUUCACAACAGUUAUAAUACAUUUUUUUUAAA